UGGUGCAGCCGCCGACCCUCGAGCAGGACUACGUCUUCAUCGUCGUUCCGGACUCCUGGACCUUUCUCGACAAGGGAGUUUCCGGGCCUGGCUCACCAACGCCGCCGCCGGGUGCUGCGACAUCAGCAGUCCGUUCAUCAUCUUCUAACCAUAGGCCGUUCGAGGAGAUCAAGGCCAAAUUCACAGCGCGCAGACCUGCUGCCCCGCCGACUCCUCUUCCCGCUUCAACGCCGACUCCAGCUUCGACCCCAGGCGAAUCGAUGUCAUCUGUCAUCUCAACACCUUCUACAGAGUACCACUACCUCUCCACCUCGCCGACGCCGAAGCGACCAGCUUCACGCGUCGAUUACACACCGCCGGCAAAGAGACCGCGCCAGCCGCCGACGUCCCCGAUUACUAUCCCUUCCUCGGGAACACAUCUUUCGACCGGCAGCUCGAGCUCACAGGAAACUGUUGACGAGCCCGAACCAAGCUGUGCCGGGAAUCAGACCCCCACUGCGUCCUUCAUGAGGCCCCUGAUGCCAGCAACUCAUCUGCCUGCACCUACACCCGUCCUUGACACGAUCACGGCUGCUGUGUCGGAAUCCUCCAACCGCCCGAGCCGGAACCGCCAUCCUCCGAAGAACAAAUAUUUGGAAGAACUAUCCAAAGUUUGAUAGAAAGG